AUGCCCGCUUACAUUGAUGAAAAUGGCUAUGAAUAUCCAAAUUGUGGCCAAACUUGCGGAAAUGUCAUUAUUAAAAAUUCUAUAAUUUCCAAAUUAGAUAAAUGUAUCCCAUCUAUAGAAGUCCUUCGUGAAAAGGAUUUAAAUUAUAAAGAAAUUCAAAAAGAAUUUCUUAAAUCGAUGAUUCACAUUAAAAUUAUAGCUAUCGUUCGUAUUGAAUCAUCACAGGAAAAGCGUAAAAUCGCAAAAUCUGUUGAACAAAAUCCUAAAAGAGCCAAACGUAGAUUGUAUUAUGGAACUCGUGCAAGUUGUGAUCCAAGAAAGAUUUUGAAAAAUAAGAAGGCUUGUUCAGAUUCGAAAUGUGGAAUGUGUAGCAUUAUUAAAUAUGGAACAAAAGCUAAACUUUUACGCCGCGGAGAAAUGAAGUUUGCUAGCUUAUCAUCAAUUGCUGCAACUAAUGCAUACAAUCAAAAAAUUCCACGCGAACGUCCGAGUACUAUAUUUAUCAUUGAUGUUUUAACGACUAACGAUACAUCUUCCGAUGUUAUAGUUGUUGAACGGGACGCG